AUGAAUGAGGAUCAGCAGCGUAAGAGGGUGUCCAAAGCCUGCGACGCAUGUCGCUCAAAAAAAAUCAAAUGUGAUGGCACAGAACCUUGCUUCCACUGUAUUAAAGUGGGCUGUGCUUGUACGUACUCCCAUGUGGUAAAGAAAAGGUUGAAACCUCCGACCCGUAUCUCGAAUCGAAAAAUAAUGUCGGACUUAUCGGAUCGUUUAACUAGGUUGGAAGAUAUUUUAACGCAAAUUCGAGAUGGAUCUGCUAGCUCCGAAUCAAGCAGUGCGACAUUGGUAGAUGAAUCAGCGUUGCUCAAUGUAGAAAGUCAACAUGUGAGCGCGGAAAGUCUAUCGGCGUCUGAGAGCGAUAGCGGUACCGACACAAUAGAGUCCGAUGGCACACUUUCUACCCGCGUCCCUGGCCGAACUUCGGAGGUCGACCUAUGUGGUGGCUGGGAUACUGGUACAUGCUGCGCCCCUAAAGGCAGUGCUGGUAUAGGACCUGGAUCAGUCUCCUCGACUGUGAAAGACGGCGAAGAUAUGGCUCAUUCUUCGCUGGAUCCAAACAAAUGCGAACACUAUCUAAAUGCUUAUUCUGCCUUUUCUCUUUUCACACGCAGGGGUCUGUACUGGGUCCACCAAAAAUUGAAUGGUGGCUCGGACCUGAUGGGCAGUCUCAUUCAAGUCAAGGCAGCUAUUUGUUCCAAUAAUUUUAUCAACUUCGACCUCUACUUUGAUAGAAUCGGACUCAUAGAUACGUAUGAUUUCCCUUCCACCGACACAUGUGAAACCCUUUUCCAAAAUUUUUUAACAUACGCGGUUCCCGUUGCACCUUUGGACAUUGAGAGUGAAAUUCCUGCGAUCAAAGAGAAAUUCGACUUGUCACCAAGAACUCUGAAUUACUCGGAACUUUUUUUGGUCAACACAGUGCUAUUGAUCGGAUCCACCAUUGAGUGUCAAAAGCUCUCCAUAAAGAAUGAAAACAACGCUAGAUGGCUUAUGAUUCAGACGCAGAUGAUGCUUAAAACCCUUCAACUGUACCAACAGACGAGUCUGACAUUCGCAAAUGACACCCUUUUGUAUAUAAAAGGCGUCUUUUUGUUUUGCUGGCAAGUUGAAAACUCCCCCACUCCCCAACUGGCCUAUCUAUUUUUGUCCACAGCCGUUCGUUUAGCACAAGAAAUAGGCUUACAUUUGAGAGAGUCAUACCAAGCACUUACUGAUUCGAAGGAGGCUUCAGCUCGACAUAGCUUGUGGCAAAGUCUGUACCGUUAUGAUAUUUAUAUUUCCAUUCGCACCGGUAAACCAACUUCGAUUCACGACGAAGACACUAGUGUACUGGAUGAUUGGGAUUAUUAUCGGUAUAUGAAUGCUAACCUCAAGGGGACUAAGUUGGAUCUACAAUCCACUUCAGAUCCUUACGAUUCUAAGAAUUGGCUAAGUGAGCUGGAUUCCAACCUUAGGGUUUCUUGUUUCAAAUCGAGGGAAAGCUUGAAUUUUGCCCUGAAGUAUUAUGAAUUAAAAUUGGGCCAGAAUUCUAGUAAGAGCUACAAGUUUUUACUCACUUGCCGAGCAUUGGCAGAAUCUAAUUACAAAAGACGGGCCGCGUUAGUUGAAAAACUGAAUCGCGGCUUAGAUGAAUGGCGUUCGACCGUUCCAUCAUUUUUAAAGGUUGCGAACUGCUUAGACGAUAUGAGUAAGCUGGAUAAUAUACUCGAAAACAUGCCUGAAAGGUCUCCAGAGAGUGGCCCUUGGACCUCUGUUAAGUCAUCGGUGGCCUCUCUAAAAUUAAGGAUACUUAACUUGGAGACAGAAUAUUAUUUGAGCAUGUUGUACACUAAUUGUGUUCUAUAUCGAACACCAUGGAAUAAAGAUAGUCUAUUUCAUUCAUCAGGCAGAGACCUCCGGCCCACUAAAGAUGACAGGUGUGCGUUUGCCGCUAGAAUGAUGUUGAAGUUGGCUCAAGCCACCAUUGAGACACAGAAUCCCAGCACAACCCUUCGAGGAAACAUCCUUUAUUCUUUUUUCAGUGGUUUUUUGAACUUAUUUUAUCGUUGCAUCGAAAAUUGUACAGCAGCGAAGGAAGACCUGCGUCUUUUGUACGAUACCACUUUAUUGGUGAACGAAACCGCCAAGAGCCAGAGAAACAUACACUCCCUGAAGUGGACUGUAGUUGUGUUUACAUGCUUGAGUUUCUUGAAGCUGGGGGUGCUGAACUUCCAGGCAGAGACCAAUGAUGAAUCGCUAACGAUCGAUCCUGAUGUUAUACAAAACGAACUGAAAGCUCUGCUGGCGAUUUUGGCCGUACAGCCUCAGGAGACAUUGUUGCAAUUACGAAUUAUCGACGAGUUCCACAAUAAUUUGAGAAGCGUAAUUCCCGAACAAAUUAGCAGAACUGAUCUCGAAAAUGGUGCACCUCGAUCCCUCAGUAGCUGGGUGGAUGGUGAUUUGCAAGCCUCUCCAUUGAUCAGCAAAAUGGACGCGGGCCUUGCUCCCGAAGAGUCAUUAGGAACGUUGCUGAACGACAUUUAUGGUCUGGCGCCCAAUCAAGUCGGCAACGAAGAGGUCGGUGCCGGAGGCCAGGAUUUUGACUUCACCCAGUUUUUUGCCGCAGAUGACCUACCUUUCGAGCGCCGCUCAAUGUUUCAUUUCUAG